GCCGCUUCUCUGUCGUCGCCGCGAACGGUUUGGCUCGCAAGCCGGCUCUCGGUUCAGAUGCCGCGCGACCGCAACCCUGUGCGCCCCUACGCGUAUUAUGCCCCUGUUUUCAGCCCGUCGACUAGGAUGACGUUCGCGCCAAUUUCGACAGUGUUGGUGUUGGUUCUUUGUAAUAUCGCGGUUAAUGGACGUCACACAAGAAAUGUGGAAGCUAAUAUAAUAGCACCUGCUGGAGAUUUCAAUCAUGACGCAUUCCCGAGAUUUGCCGAGCCAAUUCCCAACGUGACAGUGACAGUGGGGAGAGAUGCUCUGCUCGCCUGUGUAGUCGACAAUCUUAAGGGAUUCAAGGUUGCCUGGGUCAGAGUUGACACGCAAACCAUUCUAUCGAUACAUCACAACGUCAUCACACAGAAUCCCAGAAUUUCGUUAAGUUUCAACGAUCACCGUUCCUGGUACCUCCACAUUAAAAAUGUUCAAGAGGCAGAUAGGGGUUGGUAUAUGUGCCAAGUUAACACCGAUCCUAUGAGGAGUCGACAAGGUUAUCUGCAGGUUGUUGUCCCCCCAAGUAUCAUAGACAGGGAGACGAGUGGAGAUAUGGUGGUCUUGGAGUCGACUAACGUGAGCCUGACCUGCAAAGCGACCGGAUAUCCGGAUCCUUAUGUUAUGUGGAGGAGGGAGGACGGCGACGAUAUCAGAUAUAAUGGAGAGAAUGUUAACGUAGUGGACGGUGAGAUUCUCUUCAUAACCAAAGUUAGCAGGCUUCAUAUGGGAGUGUAUUUGUGCAUUGCUUCAAAUGGUGUUCCGCCAUCCAUCAGCAAAAGAGUACAGCUCAAAGUUCAAUUUCCUCCAAUGCUCUCCAUUCCUAACCAGUUGGAGGGGGCAUACAUAGGACAGGACGUAACACUGGAAUGUAGGACAGAAGCUUUCCCAACAUCUAUAAAUUACUGGACCACGGAAAGGGGAGACAUGAUUAUCUCAGGUAGCGACAAAUAUGAGGCCAUCUCCAUGGAUAAUGGAUACAAGAAGUAUAUGAUGCUGAAGGUCCGCAGAGUCGAUAAAAACGACUUUGGGUCGUAUCGUUGUGUCGCCAAGAAUUCACUUGGGGAAACUGAUGGAGUCAUAAAACUAGAAGAAAUCGCAGCUCCGACUACAGUGAAGUCUCUAGUUCAUACGACAACGUUUCAUUAUAAAAAUAAUAAAGAAUACGACUACGACGAAGACUUCAUACUCUCCUCCAACGGACCUCCGCACAUCAGAGAACCACCAGGGGCUUUCAGCGGCACCGCAGCAUCCCAAUCUCCAGGUGUAUUCGCAACCACCUCGAUCCUCUGGAUACUGCGGUCGGUGCUGAGGUGAUCCAGUUAAACGCGGUAGCAAGUGAUACAUUUACCUUGACGGUGUGAUAAAACAUAUCCAGUUCGUGAGACUGAAACGCUGUAUAUAUGUAUAUAUCAGGAUGGAUAUCCAAGCAAGCGGUGCAAAGGCGUGAGGCUCGAGAAGCGGUGGAAUUGCAGGUUGUCGCGUGAUCGAUAAUGCAGGUCUAGACGUGUUCGAAGCGUAACUCGAGCCCCUAAUUGAUAUACGUAUUGCAAAUUACCAUAGAAACAUAUGACACGACAAUAAUUCCACGCUUUGGUUUCCAUAAAGUGUUCUGGAUGUAUUGACUUCGCUAAAUGGCAGAUGCGAUUUGCGAAUUCCGAGUCUGUCAGGUGAUUAAUGUAGUCAGAGAGGGAUUUCAAUAGGUGCUUGAGAAUGAUGCUGUCAAAAAAAAUCCUAGUCUGAACAUCCUAGUUACUUCUUGGUAAUUCAGUUACUCUCAAUCAUCCUUCUCAAGUUCCUUUCAUUUUCGAAUAGAUAGCAUCUUCAUGGAUAGGGAUUCACGGUUUCGCUUGAAAUUCAAGCUACUUGACUCAAGCUCAAGCUCAAGUAGCGUACGCUUGACUUGAAAUCAACUCAAAUUCGAGUCAAGUAUUUUUGCAUUAGGUACUUGACCUUACAUUGAAAAACUACUACUUGAGUUGAUUUCAAGUCAAGCUCAAGCUACUUGAGCUUGAAUAUCAAGCCAAGCCGUGAAUCCCUAUUUGUGAAUUUCGACGAUAUAUCCACGUGAUGAACGGAGUAGAGGAGAUUUUAUUAUAUGCUUUAGAAUAGGGCUCUCAUAUAUUUCGUGGUACCGUUGUUACUUAGAAGUAUCUGAGUUACUCUGUCUCAGUUCCAGUUAUUUUUUGUCAAAAGGUAACUAGUUCAUUUGUUAUCAGAUUUCAUAUUUUGAUCUGUCUCUUCUCCAUCUUGUUGCUACCUGUUAUAGGUGGAGAUUCGAAAGUUCUGAACAAUGAAGAUAUGUUCUUUCAAUUUCAAAGGGACUUAAAACAAAAAAUUUAAAUCUUUGGCAUCAAUUCGACAGAACUUCAUGAUAGAACUCAAAAAGGAUUUCAUCCACUAUCCAAGGAUAUUUUCACAAGUGUCAUAUCACUAUAUCCACAUACUUCCUUGUGGAUAUAAUUUUUUUUCUAUCAUGGAAUUCAGCAAUGAGGAAAAAUAUAAUAUUUCAAUAAUAUUAUUUGUUUGACUCGAAUCGUCGAAAUUUGGUAUAACUUCACUUCGCAGGUUUAUAUAUUCCCUAAAAUACCAUAUCAAAUUAGAGAGUUAUUUGGCUUAUAAAAACUCUCACGAAGAUACAUAUUAAAUUACAUAUCACAAUUCAUUUUGAAUUAAUAAAUGCCGGCAUGGUUUCAAGAAAUUAUAUGUGUCAUUGCCGAUGAAGCCAAAGAAAAAAUACAAAUCAAAAAUCUUUAUAGAGUUUAUUUUUAUGAUACAAAAAUAUUUUUAUUCUUGAACAAUCUAGCGCCUCGGCAGAAAUGUUUUAUUUGGUUGCUGAGGAAACAUUUCUCGGAUUACCUAUAAAUAAUGAACAAUAUUGCAUAAACACAUCCAUAUCAACCAGUCAAACUAUCAAUGUGUCAAAUGCGAUAUUAUCAGCAACACCUUAGUGAUAACGAGCUAAAAAACGAUAGAAAAAAAUUUUUGUUUUCUUCAAAUAGUUAAGAUAAAUAACAACGAUAUUUACUGGUAUUGGAAACGAAUAUAAUAUCUACGAAGGCUGAACUAUAUCAAAUGAUUAUAUCAGAAUGACUGCAUAUCAUAUUGAAAAAUCUAAGAUAUGAAAUUAUUUUUCAUCAAAUUUGAACCAUAAUCCUUCAGCUGUGAAUUGAAAAAUCUAGCCAAAUUUCAUCACAUCGUGUUUUAGAGGUUGCCAGAACUCGAAAACAACUUCGAAAUUAAUUUUGAGUCCAUUUCUUUUCCAUCCAUAGCUUGGAAGAUUCAUAUUCUCUGAAAUAUGAAUUACUGAAUUUUGGUGGGUUAUCACAACAGAAAUCGAUAAAAACAUUAUCGUUAUCAGACAGUUAUUUUCAUAAUUGUUCCAGAAAUUAUGUUGCGCGUGUAAUAAACAAAAUUAGUAUGUUAUAUGUGUAUAGAAUACUUCAACGUGACAAUUCAUUAUGGGUGCUUUGUGUGAAUAUUUCCUUCCUUUCAAAAAUUCUAUGUAUAUGGAGAACAAUUAUCGAAAAUUACAGCGAAUAUUUCCCUACUGUCAAAAAUUCUAUGUAUAUGGAGAACAAUUAUCGAAAAUUACAGCGAUAAUUGCAUUG